AUGGCCUACACAAAUACUACUCUGAUUAUGGCGACAAUUACCACCACUUUCUUCGAUACUGUUGUGUAUGGACCCUCUGCACCUCCCUCUGCACCUCCCUCGCCUGCUCCCUCUGCCGCCCCCGCCAGCCCCCCGACCGCGAUUGAAAACUUGUCAAAGUUGCCGGAGGGCCUCUGGGCCCUGAUCCUCCUCGUGGUGGGCGCUCUCCUGGCGGUCGGCGUCAUGAGCGCACUGUACUUCCUCUUUUGGAGGAAUAAGAAGGGUGAUAAGCCCAAUAAGAGCGAGGAGAGGGAGAAGAGAGAGGAGACCAUCAUUGACGACUUCGUGGCCCCCUUGAGCCCCCAAGCCGCACUCACCGCAGAGUGGCUCCGGGAUAGACGGGCAGGCAAAUCUCAUUCCCGCCUCCGCAUUUUGGUGGAGCCGGCCUACCACGAUACCCUCCCGCCCUCCCCUGAGAGGUUAACCCGGAGUGACGUUGAGUUUGUCCCGGUGCCCCCGGGAUUUAUAAUAUCAGGCUCUCCGCCUCCCAUCACCGCCUCCCCCGCUUCCGAUCCCGCUAUCUCCCCGAAGUUCAACUCGCGGGACCCGGCUACACCCUCCAGCGUGAGAAACACCUUGCGCCAUAGUGCCCAGGCCACCAAGGAGUCCUACAUCCUUAGCGAUGUCCUGGGGGCUUCCCUGAUGGCAUGA